CUUUUGGCGAGAGUGUUGAUGUGCGUGGAUUACUGGGUAUUGGUUUAAAGUGCGGUGCUUACUUUGUUUUGAGAAACCGGAAAGUGUUGAAAAUAAGUUGAAAGGGCAUAUGGUAUUAAUAUAAGAAGUAGAAAACAGUGAUAAAACUCAUUUUGGAUUUUCUGUCAUCUUUUAUGUCAUUCUGUCAUGAUCACAAGCCGACGUAGAGGUCGGUAAUGGUGGGCGUCCCGGCAGGAGCGACUGGAGGUGUGGGUGUGGGUGCGGGUGUGGGUGUGGGCGUGGGUGUGGGUGUGGCAGGAGAUGUCAUCGGAGGCGGCGAGGGAGAGGACCUCCGACGCGCCGCCGCCCAGGGGGACACGGCGAAGCUCCUGGCGCUCAUUGAGGAGGGCGCGGCGGUCAACCUGAGCGAUGAGUGCGGGUAUACUGCCCUACAGCGAGCGGCGUGCGAAGGUCACCUCGAAAUCGUCCGCCAGCUCAUCAAACACAACGCAAACGUCGACCAUCAGGAUGAUCAGCACGGCAACACGGCGCUGCACGAGGCGGCGUGGAAGGGCUACAGCCAGACGGCGGAGGCGCUGGUUCGAGCCAAAGCCAACGUGUACAUCAAGAACAAGGGAGGCUUCGCGCCCCUGCACCUGGCCUGCCAGAACGGCCAUAACCAGACCUGCCGCGUCCUGCUCCUCGCUGGCUGCAAGCCCGACAUCAAGAAUAACUACGGCGACACGCCCCUGCACACGGCGGCGCGGUACGGCCACGCCGGUGUCACGCGGAUCCUCCUAUCGGCCAAGACCAACGUCGGCGAGAUGAACAAGAACGGCGACACAGCUCUACACAUCGCGGCCGCCAUGGGGAGGAGAAAGCUCACCAGAAUACUGCUCGAGUCUGGCGCCGACCAGACGAUUAAGAACAAGCAAAACGAGACCCCGGGCGACAUAGCGAAACGAAAGGAGUUCGACCAGAUCCUGGAGAUCCUGAAGAAUCCUCCUCCUGUAGUGACUCCCGAGGAGCGGCUGCGGAGGGAGCAGGAGCAGAAGAAGAAGGAGCUGAAGGAGGCGAAGGCCAAGGGGGCGGCGGGAGGGAGGGCGAGCAAGGGCGCGACGGGGGGCAAGAGCGACAAGAAGCGGGAGAAGACCAACGACAGCGGGACCUCGAGCAAGGACAGCAGCACGCGCGCCAAGGAGAAGAAGAAGCAUAAGGCGGAGCACAAGGAGAAGCGCCGCGCGAAGCACGUGGAGUGGUCUCCCUACGGGUGCCAGUUCUACCCCCCGGCCUCGGCGGAGUUGGCGGCGCUCAACAUCGACUCCUUGCCCAAGGAGCCGCUGGCCACGGGCGAACAGUACUUCAUCGACCUCGCGGGAAAUAUCAAGAAGGGACCCGUCGGCGUGGGAUACACCUGCUACUGCGCGCCCUUCUUCAGGAAUGUGGAGAGCAAGCUGGAGAAGGACAAGGUUGCGCUCAUGGACCACAUAGACGCCGCUCACGACAAACUCGAUGCCAAGAUCACCAACCUCGAGCACCGCACGCGGUCGCACAUUCAGCAUCUCAGCGACACCGUCAAGCAGAAGCUGGCGGCGGAGAAGGAAGAGUGUCGUCAGCGGGCGGAGAGAACCCGGGCGUCUCGCGAUGCGGAGGCAGAGCUGAGGGCGUCGCAACUUCGGCAGUGGGUGGAGCGUCGUCUCGCAGCACAGAACUCAGGAAGCCCAGUCGCCCACACGCCUAGGACCUGCACUGCCUUCAGAGGCUCAAUCCGAAGGGGGAGGGAUCCUGUGACGGGGCUCUUCCCUUUGACGAGAUCCCGCUCAGAAGAAGCUGUAUCAGAAUAUCGUGAGGAAGGAGAGAGCGACCAUGAGCCUGUGUACAAGGGCCUCAGGGUGCUCGACCACCCGACGUCCAUGUACAACAUUCCCCAGACCCUCAACGACGAGAUUGACACUGUCAUUUAUGAUUCACCAAAGCCCAUCGCCUCACUGGUUCCCGGCGCCCUUCGAUGUCCCUCUCCAGAUGACCAUCACAUCCGAAGUGUGUCUGCAGAUGGUCGCGGCGCACCGCCGACGAGUAGACAGGAGAGUCGAAGUCACUCAGUAGAUGCUCGACAAGUCCUGGGUGAUCCACGGAGUCAGACGGAGGAGAAGAGAGCCCCGGAGAAGUCUCGGGGUGAGAGUCCCGGUUGGCUGCCCACGAACAGAGACCUCCUGAACGAGUCUACCAGCAGUGACGCCUCUGCUGGUCGUCGAGGAAGUCGCGGGAGCCGAGGAGUAAGCGGGUCGUCUGCCCAGGGCUCGCCUCUGGUCGGCCGCAUGAGUCGGUACUCCCCAGCUCAACCAUCGCCGCUCUUGCGCCGCCCGGACUUGACUUCGCAGGGCGAGGUGUUGAUUGCCCCUCCAAUGAGACCCGCGCCCCUGCACCACUCCGACCUGAAUCAGGCGGUGGACAACCUGCGGGUAUCGCACGCCGAGCACGGGGCAAUACCAAAGACUAACGGGCGAGCAGAGAAUCGCGACGAGGACCGGGACGACACACACGACCAUCAGCAACAGGAAUGGAGUGGCUACAGCCGGUACGAUUAUCGCAACACCAAUCCAUACAUGUAUGGGGAUCUCCGCGGCCGCAACCCACAUGCAAGGCCACCUCCUAUCACUAGUGCGCCGCUGGAGCCCAAGGCCGCAAAGCCAGGGUAUGAGGCUUACCCGCAAUACCCAAAGACACCCGAGGAAGGACAGACGGCGGAGACAUACCACGCCUCACUAGCGCAAGCCCACGAAGACUUCGAUGCUGCGACCUAUCUGGAUAUGGACAGGUACAGGAUACAGCAAGCAGUGCGACGUCUGUAUGACGGUUACAUGGCUGAAGGCCGCCUCGACCCAGUCCAGCGACGGCCAAACCUGGAGUCGUCUCUGGAACACGAUUCCCACAACGACUCCGGCUACUCGACCCGGCUAUGCACGGGUUCCCAAGGACCCUCACCUGCCCUCUCAGGUGCCAUUUCAAGGUUCUCAAACGGCUUGCCGCAGCCUUCUUCGGCGUCCCGGUUCUCAACUCCGCACUUGGGGAACGACAAGGUUAUCAUCGGGGAGUCGUCUCUGGAACACGAUUCCCACAACGACUCCGGCUACUCGACCCGGCUAUGCACGGGUUCCCAAGGACCCUCACCUGCCCUCUCAGGUUAG